UCUGUUAGCAAUCAGAAAUUUGCAAUUGGAGGCAACAAUCGGCUGUCCUGGCCUAUGACCUGAUAACCAGUAUCCAGUCGACAGCAUUUGUAUAUAUGUACAAUUUUUAGCUAGAUAGGUAAAUUGUACUUGUAUACUUGGAAGAAGGCACAGGAAGAUGUCUGUCGACUACGGCCUGAGCGUGAAGAGGAGCAGAGUGUUGGGAUUGGUUAUCCUGAUUGCCUUUCUGGCGGUAGCAGCGGUAAUCAUAUUCAAUCUCGACGCUCUAGACGAACUAGGGAGAGGCUGUGCCAAGUCAUCGUCGCCACGCGUCGUACGCAGCAAUGAAGCGAUGCAGAGGCAGAGGGAGGUUAGUACUAAAGGACCUAGCAAUCUUCUUUUCAUUCAUCGUUGUCGUCGUUGCUUGAUUACUGCUCUCUCUACCACCAUCCCUAUUGGUCGUACCAGGCUCAGGAGCAUCACCGCUGAAGCUGUAACCAGUUCCAACCUCAGUUAUAUCGACGCCGUCCAUUCUCAGACUGAUGGCAGCAGCGACUCCAUUCCUUUUUUUCCCUCCCCCUUGAGAUUCUUAACAGGAGAAGGAUGGGUGCUGGCGUCGUCGUUGUCCUUUUUGAUAACCACAGUCUCUGCGUUCGUACCCUCGUUAACCACCUCUUCCUCACCUUACUCUUCCGCUUCGCCCUCCUCUACUAGCUCUUUUUUGCCUUCCUCCUCCUCCUCGGCCUCGUCUACGUCCUUCUCCUCCUCCUCCUCCUCCUCCUCUCCUUACUCUUUCUCCUCGUCGUCCACUAGCUGUUUUAGGCCUUCCUCCUCCUCCUCCUCUCCUUACUCUCCCUCUUCGUCCUCCUCCACUAGCUCUUUUAUGCCUUCCUCCUCCUCCUCCUCCUCCUCCUCCUCCUCGGCCUCUUCUACUUCCUUCUCCCACUUAACAGCACUCCCGAAUCUCUCCUCCUCCUCCUCCUCCUCAUACGUAGACAGAAGUCUGGUUGAUCGAGGACGGCGCAGAUUACGCCAGCUGGAUGAUGGUACCGCCGUUGAUUUGAGAAUUGUCGCCGACGCUACGAUACUACUCCCGACUGUCGAGAUCGUUUUGUCCUCUUCCGACGGCUCUUCGGUUUCUUCGUCGUCAUCAUCAUCGCCAAACGCUGGUAGUGCAAUGGAUGUGUGCGGCAUUUGUCCGUCACGUGUAGAUUCAAAGCGUCGUCUUUUCUUCGUUCAGCGCAAUAGCAACGACGGCGCAUCCACGCUGAUGUCGGUGGACACGUCAGCAGCGAGUGCAGCGGGGGGGGGAGGGGUAUCAGCGUCAGCAGCAGCCUCGCCUUUCUUGUGGUGGCCGAAGAAUGGCAGCAGCGUUGAUGCAGGCAGCAGAAGAUCCAUGUCGGACCUAGCGAUCUCGCCGGGCGGUGCGAUGCUCUACGUAGUGCUCCAGGAGGAGGACACGGUGUUACUUGUGAGCACCUCGAGUGGAGAGGCGUCCCUCCUGGCCGCUGAUAGGACGAUAUCGGGACCUCUACACGUGGCCGUCGAUCCUAUCGGGAAGACGUUGUACGUGGCGUCGUCUGAUCGGAUAUACGCGGUCGAUCUGACGCUCAGGGACGGCGGUGGGACCGUAGCGACUCGCAUCGUAGCGGGAGGAGAUGCAGCAGGAGGAGGAGGAGGAGGAGGAGGAGGAGGAGGAGGAGGAGGAAGUGGAAGCAUAAAUAGUAGCAGUAACGGGAUUACCGAGGAGGAUGUGUCGGGACGAGGGGUGAGAUUUCAGAUCCCUAUUAUCAGUUCGUUCAGCAUUUCCAGCGAUGGAUCUUUCGUCUUCGUCGCCGAUCAAGAGAACCAUUGUGUCAGGCGAGUCGCGACGUCGACGGGGGUAACGACGACCCUCGUCGGGACCCCGGGGUCGCCUGGGACGGUGGAUGGGCCGGCCAACGUGUCGCUGCUUAAUCGACCGAACGCGAUCUUGCUCACGCCAGACGGCUGCCACGUGUUCAUAGCGGAUGACGUCGGAUCGGUAAUCCGAUGGAUCGGUCUGGACUCGCCUUACGGGAUCCCUUCUGAAGUGAAGCGGAUCGCGACGCUAGUCCAUACGACCGAUGGUGGGUUCAGCGGGCACAGGAUAACGUCCCUUGCUCUUGGGAAGGAGGAUGGAGAAAUGGGGGAAGGACUGUUGUUCCUUUACGUUGGUACCUGGAACAGAAUGAUCUACAGAGUCCCGAUCAAUCAAUCUGCGCUUCAAGGAUCAUGUGGCAACCUUCGCUCCAGUGAAUCUGCUCCCAUUCCUUCGCUCGACGGAGGCGAUGGCAACACUCUCUCCUCCUCCUCCUCAUCAUCAUCUUCUUCUUCGUUGAUGGGCUCGACGGAGUCCUCCUUUAUAUCAUCUUCGUCAUCGCCAUUGCCUGGAAGCUCCUCAGCAGGAGAAGGGGGAGGAGGGGAUGAGAGUGGGCAGGAGGGGAGGUCGGCCGAGUUCCCUUCCCUGUCUACCCCUCCCGCUUCCUCGGGGGUCAGUGCCGAGUCACAAACGAAGGGAAAAGUUGUAAUGUACCUCAGAGUAAUCUUUGUUGUCCUCGGCAGCUCUGCUGUUGGCCUUCUUCUGUUGCUGGCCUUUCUUCUCUAUGUGCGUCGACAUCGCGAGGUCAUGUUGGCAGCCGACGAGGCGGCGGACGCCAAGACGAAGAAGUUGACCAGAUCGAGGUCUUCCUGCUUGGCCCGCUCCUCAGUCGCCGAUUCCAGCACCAGCUAUGGGGGUUCGGGGUGGUUCUACAAAUUGACGACGGCGGACGAAAAACCGCUCUUGCCGUCCUCGCAUCGGAUGCCAUCUCCGCCUCAUCAGCAUAAUGCCACAACGGAUCGUUGUGCGGCGGCUACUGGCGCGGAUCGUAGCAGCAGCAGCUGCGGUGACGACAACAAUCAAGGCAAGAAUCAGAAGACAAGGCAGCAGCAGCAGCAGCAACAACGACGACGACAACAACAUCUGGGGAAGAAGUGCGUCGAUGGGUUAUGGGUCUUUGGGUACCGCGCGCUGUAUCGAGCUACAGCGGGUUUUGAUGAUGAGCGGCGUGUAGGAAAGGGAGGUUAUGGGAUCGUGUACAGAGGAACUUUGGGAGAGGGGGUUCAAGUAGCGAUAAAGUGUAUGAGAGAGAGUUUGCGAGCGUCCACGAAGAAGAAACAGUUCGUGUCAGAGAUCAAGAUUUUGGGCGGGUUGGACCACGAACACUUGUGCAAGCUGAUUGGAUACUGCACGGAGAAGAAGAGCUGCAUGCUAGUUUAUCCCUUCGUGUCGGGGGGCAGUUUGUACGAUCGACUUCAUCCGUUGGAAGAUGGCUCGAAGACAGAGAGCAGCAGUUGCUCGUCGGCGGACAAACCUCCUCGUCCGCUAUGGUGUCCCGUCAGAGGAGGAGGAGGAGGAGGAGAUCGGUAUCGCUUGUUUAGCACGAGGAUGACCAAUCAAGGCACCGCGCCGCCAUCGAGAACGGAAGAUCAUCAUCAUCAUCAUCAUCCGCAGCAGCAGCAGCAGCAGCAGAUGAUCGAACGGCAGCAGGAGCAGCAGCGCCAGCAAGAGGAGGAGUGGGUGGGUGUCACGUCAGCAGCACCAACUCCUUUGCGCUGGCGGACACGUGUACUCGUUGCUCAGCAAAUCGCCCGCGCUUUGCACUAUCUUCACGAGGUUGCCGAUCCGUCCAUUCUCCAUCGAGACAUCAAAUCAAGGAACGUUCUCCUCGCGGGCGAAGGGGAUGAGAUUCGAGCCUUCGUCACUGACUUCGGACUCGCCCGGCUGGGCGAAGCGCAGCGCGUCGAAGGGAUCGCUGGAGCUUGCGGCGAAAACACCGACGGUGAAGAGGUCACGUUCAGUACGGGGGACAAAUCUGUCCCGACUUGGCAUAUUGUCGGGACCCCUGGCUACGUGGCGCCAGAGUACCUCUUCUCUCGUCGGCUCACGAAGAAGAACGAUGUCUUUGCGUUCGGUGUCAUCCUGCUGGAAUUGUUAACCGGGAAGAAGGCGGUGGUAAGGGGAUUCGAGGAUCCGGGGAGGGGGGGGGCAACGCUCGUCCGGUGGGUAAAACCCUACAAGCUAGAGACCGCUUCCUAUGCUACGCUGAAGAAGAUCCUCGAUCCUGCUCUGCUGCGCCUCGAGGGAAUCGAUCCCUGGACCAUUCAGCAGAUUGCCAGGUUGGCGGCUAUGUGUGUUCACGACGAAUCCAGUCAACGGCCCGGAAUGACAGAUAUUGUGAAUUACCUAACGGCACUAUGCCCGGAGCAAGAAGAGGAGCCAGGAGCAGAGGAGGAGGAGGAGGAGGAGGAGGAGGAAGGCCUCACGUCUCCAAACGUAUCUCAUUACAAACGAGUUGCUAUGGUGGAUAAGAAACCUGGUUUGGUCCAAGGGCCGGAGUAUAGGAGCAGCUAUGGCCGAAAAGAAACGGUGGCAAGAGGAGGAGCCAGGAGCAGAGCAGGACGAGGAGGAGGAGGAGGAGGGAGGAGGAUGAAGGCCUCACGUCUGCAAACGUAGUGGAUGCUUUCAUCACAAAUGAGUUUUGUAAGUGCCCGCCGGGGCGACUACGGGAGGGGAAAGAGUUUGUCUGCAGGAGCUAUUACGUAUC